AUGCCUGCUGUCCAAGAAACCCCAUCCAAAACCACUGCCAAGGCUCUAUCUACAUUGGAUCUCUCAACUGCUUCAAAGAAGGAUUUAGGCGAUUCCUUGAUUGACGCAUACAAUGCCAAGGCCAUUGUUGCUGGUGAAGAAGUCAUUUCUCCGCAUUACAAGUUCUUAUCCCAGUUCAAGGAACACAGAGAUGAGCUGAAGGGAAAGCAAGCUGAAGAACCACUUUUAAAGGAAAACAAGAGAAGGUUUGUUCUCUUUCCAAUCAAGUAUCACGAAAUUUGGCAAAUGUACAAGAAGGCAGAAGCAUCUUUCUGGACUGCGGAGGAAAUUGAUCUCUCCAAAGAUUUGCAUGAUUGGAACAAUAGAUUGAACGAAAAUGAAAGAUUCUUCAUUUCAAGAGUUCUAGCGUUCUUUGCUGCUUCUGAUGGUAUAGUCAAUGAAAAUUUAGUUGAGAAUUUCUCAAGUGAUGUUCAAAUUCCAGAGGCUAAAUGUUUCUAUGGGUUCCAAAUUAUGAUGGAAAACAUUCAUUCGGAAACUUAUUCUUUAUUGAUUGAUACUUACAUCAAAGAUCCAAAGGAAAGUGAAUUCUUAUUCAAUGCAAUUGAAACAAUCCCAUGUAUCAAGGAAAAGGCCGAAUGGGCCUUAAAAUGGAUUGCAGAUAAAGAUGCGUUGUUUGCAGAGAGGUUGGUGGCAUUUGCUGCUGUUGAAGGUAUUUUCUUCUCUGGUUCAUUUGCAUCCAUCUUCUGGUUGAAAAAGAGAGGUUUGAUGCCAGGUUUGACGUUCUCCAACGAGCUGAUUUGUAGAGAUGAAGGUUUACAUACCGAUUUUGCUUGUUUGCUCUUUUCACAUUUGAACCAUACCCCAGACGAAAAAAUUGUCAGACAAAUCAUUACCGAAGCCGUUGAUAUUGAAAAGAAAUACUUCACUGACGCCCUACCUGUCAACUUGCUCGGUAUGAAUAAGGAUUUGAUGUGUCAGUAUGUCGAGUUUGUUGCAGAUAGACUACUGAUUGCAUUAGGUUGUGAAAAGGUAUACGACGUUACAAAUCCAUUCGACUUUAUGGAGAACAUUUCCCUUGCUGGUAAAACAAACUUUUUCGAAAAGAGAGUCUCCGACUACCAAAAGGCAGGUGUCAUGGCAAAGACCAACAAGGAAGAAUCCAACAAUGAUAAUGGUUUCACCUUUGAUGAAGAUUUCUAA